AUGGAUCGUUCCAUCUAUGGUUGCUCCGCCGUGACCAUCUUCUUCUUCCUCCUCACUGUAUCCGCUUUGCCACAGAAUCUCGAACCGGGUCACCAUAACGUAACCGGGUCGAGUCAAAUAAACUCAAACUCCGUCCUCGUCGCACUCCUCGACUCUCGUUACACAGAGCUCGCCGAGCUAGUCGAGAAAGCUCUCCUCCUCCAAACCCUAGAAGACGCAGUUGGUCGUCACAAUAUUACCAUUUUUGCCCCUCGCAAUGAAGCUCUCGAGCGUGACCUUGACCCGGAAUUUAAACGGUUCUUGCUCCAACCAGGUAACCUCAAAUCCCUCCAGACGCUGAUAUUGUCACACAUUAUCCCCAAUCGGGUCGGGUCAACCCAAUGGCCCGACGUGAAAUCGGGUCGGGUUACCAAGCACGCCACGCUAGGGCAAAACCAAGUGCUGCAUUUGAGCAAAAUCAAAGGAAACGGAAAGAGAUUGGUGAAUUUCGCUGAGAUUACCCGACCCGAUGAUUUGACCCGACCCGAUGGAUUGAUCCACGGGAUCGAACGGCUCUUAAUCCCUCGUUCAGUCCAAGAAGAUUUUAACCGACGGAGAAAUCUCCGAUCAAUCUCCGCCGUGUUACCCGAAGGAGCUCCGGAAAUUGACCCGAGAACUAACCGUCUCAAGAAAUCCGCCGCUGCAUCCGUUUCAGUACCCGCCGGAGCUCCACCGGUCAAAGAUUUCAUACACACAUUGUUACAUUACGGUGGUUACAACGAAAUGGCCGAUAUUCUUGUGAAUCUGACGUCUCUCGCAACGGAGAUGGGUCGAUUGGUAUCGGAAGGUUACGUACUCACCGUGUUAGCUCCUAACGACGAAGCUAUGGCGAAAUUGACGACGGAUCAGUUGAGUGAACCGGGAGCUCCGGAGCAAAUCGUGUAUUACCACAUUAUACCGGAGUAUCAAACGGAGGAGAGUAUGUAUAAUUCUGUUAGGAGAUUUGGGAAAGUGAAGUACGAAACGCUGCGUUUUCCUCAUAAGGUGGCGGCUAAGGAAGCUGAUGGUUCGGUUAAGUUUGGUUCCGGUGACCGGUCUGCUUAUCUGUUUGAUCCGGAUAUUUAUACGGACGGUCGGAUUUCGGUUCAGGGGAUUGAUGGUGUUUUGUUCCCGGAGGAGGAGGAGACAACGGUUAAGAAACCGAGUAGUACGAAGAAAGUUGUUCAACCAAGAAGAGGGAAGUUGCUGGAAGUAGCAUGUAGAAUGCUUGGAGCUAUUGGCAAGGACUCAUAUUUUGGCAAAUGCUGA